AUGCCUUCCGACUCCCCAGUUAACCCAUCUUCUCCGCAGUCCCGUUCCCCUUCGCCUACGGGCAACGAAAUCCUCACCCUCCGUGCACUUGUCAGCACCAAAGACGCUGGCGUGAUCAUUGGAAAGGCCGGAAAAAAUGUCGCUGAUCUCAGAGAUCAAACGGGCGUUAAAGCGGGAGUUAGCAAAGUUAUUCAAGGAGUCCAUGAACGAGUUUUGACCGUGAGCGGGUCUGUAGAGGGCGUGGCAAAGGCCUAUGCUCUCAUGGUCGCGCAGCUUUUGGCGUCGAACCCGUCCUCCCCUAUCACCUCCAACUCCUCCACACCCCACACAUCUAUCAGACUUCUGAUCUCACACAAUCUUAUGGGUAGUGUCAUUGGCCGCAAUGGCCUGAAAAUCAAGGCCAUCCAGGACGCUUCGGGAGCGCGUAUGGUGGCCUCGAAGGAGAUGCUACCUCAGUCGACCGAGCGGGUUGUUGAGGUCCAGGGUUCCUCCGAGGCCAUCGGUCAUGCCAUCGAAGAAAUUGGACGAUGUCUUCUGGAGGAUUGGGAGAGGGGCCUGGGAACCGUCCUCUUUCAUCCAGGCGCCGGAGACGAGCGGACGGGGCGCCGCACAAACCAGAGUCGACGGUUGAAUGGCGACUCCGGCCCGCGCGGGCGGACAUCACCAUCUCCUAACUCCCCCUCACAGCAACCGACCAACCUCCGCACUCAAAACAUUUCUAUCCCGUCCGACAUGGUCGGUUGCAUAAUCGGCCGGAAUGGCACAAAGAUCACCGAGAUUAGGCGCCUUUCCGGAUCCAAGAUCUCUAUCGCGAAAGAGCCCCAUGACGAGACAGGCGAGAGGAUGUUCACGAUAGUUGGCACUCCGGAGGCCAACGAGAAGGCGCUCUUCCUGCUGUACAAUCAGCUGGAGAGCGAGAAGGAGAGAAGAGUUGGAAGGGACCAGCAACAGCAGGAGGAGCUCCAGGAUUAG